CAUACCUUCACCAGCAAACACUAUGAUCACAGGCAAUCUCUUUUUAGGCCCGGCGGUGAUGCCGAGCCCAUUUACCAUACAAUAUGACGUGAAAUUCCGCGCUGUCAAACUUCACGUCGCUGUCCCUAUUUCUUCAGCUUCGCGCUCUUUCGUUGUCACUUAUCACAUCAGACAGGCCUGAUAGCAUUCAUUCAUUUUCAGCGCGCAAUCAUUCGUUUUCUAGAAGAACCUUAUUUUUAAUAAUAUCACUCUACAUAGCAUAUCUUAUCAUUCAUUUAUAAAUCCGGCAAAAUGUUGGCAAAACAGCAAACCGCAACUCUCCUAUACGCCGCCCUCUUCGGCUCUUCCCUCGUGCAGGCCGCGUUCCCGACCUGCAUCACGAGCUGUGUCCGACAGAAUGGCUGCCCUCCCACCGACGUGGACUGCAUGUGCAAGAAGGUUAGCGGCAACUUUUUAUCCGACGUCGUGGUGUGCAUGAACCAGUGGUGCUCGUCCGACACCACUCUCACGGACUUGGUCGGCCCCAUUCAGUCCAACUGCGACAUCCCCAAGUCCGCCCUCCAGGCCGCCGAGAGUAAGGCCGCCUUCGAUACAGGCUCUAGCUCUGAUUCCGCUUCUUCCUCUGACGAGAAGCCCACCUCUACUGGUGGAUCCUCCACCGCGAAGCCCUCGGUCAUCAUGAGCGUUGGCGCACCUUAUAAGAUCGACGGUCCUACCUCGUCUACCUCGGGCCCGGCGCCUACUGGCAGUGCUACCAAGGGCUCUGCCUCCAGCAUCGUUUUGUCUGACACCACUGCUGUUGUUGGUCCGGCUCCCACUGCUUCUGAGUCUCUCCUAGUUGCUGCUACCACGUUUACUUCCAGCGCCGCCGCCAGCACCCCCACCAGCAGUUCUUCCGGCUCUAGCUCUAGCUCCAAUUCCAGCCCUAGCUCCAGCUCAGACGGCACACCCGGCAGCGUCCCCUCCGGCAACUCCACGGAAGAAGGCUCCGCCUCUAGCAGCCAGGCCUCUCUUCUCGCCGCCGUUCUCGCCGUCGGUGCCGCCAUGGCUUUCGGCUGGUAAUCGUCAGCCGGCUAGCCAGUCUAGUAGCGGCUCUUACUGGCAUAGGGGCCGCGUAAACACGAUGUCAUUUUUUCCCAUUCCAAAUGUACGUAUUGCGUCAAUGUAUAAUAAUACCCUAGAAAAAAAAGCGGCAAUGGACUACCAUCGAUAAACUUUUUUGCUGUGCCGGGCCGGCAAGCUGGUAGUCUCGCAAGACAUUGCUGUAACAGACAAACAGACGGAUAGACUCGAGUGCAGCUAGUUGGUUACCUAUUAGUUGGUCUGUCUGGCGGCGGGGAGAAGAGCGAUCUGCUUGCGGCUCGCGCGGUGGAGAUACCCUGAUGCGGAGGUGCUGCCUCGGUUGUUGAUUUUGAUGUUGAUAUUGAUAGUGAUAGUGGAGAUAAUUAAAACAGAAGCUCGAUUAUGAGAGAUAUCUCGCUGGCUACCUGCUUCGUGAUGUGUUUGUACUGAGGAGUUAAUGC